AGACCCCAGCUACCCACAGUGGAUCCAUUAGGACCCUCUUCGUCAAGACAGCCCCUCAAAGAUUCACCGAUUCACUCUUGUUUUCACACUUUCCUUACAUAUCCUUCUAUUAGCAAGGAUAGUUUUCGGCCCUUUGUCUCUGUCUGAAUACUGACUCUUAUUAGUGCCACUGCUCCCAGACGGCACACAUGGCAUCUCCUAAGUUGGGCCUGUCAGCCACAACCACAACCUCCUCUUCCCCAUCAUCAUCAUCUGCAUCAUUAGGCCCUCCUCCACACCCUGGAAGCCCAAGUCGGGUACCUGAGGGUCCUCCAAGUCCUGUAACCCCAACCCCAAGCCCAGGCUUAACCUCUGCUUCAGCCACACCUGUAAGGACCCAUCUGAGCAUUGCUCUGAUCCUUGAGGAGCUCAGGGUGCUGCAACAACGGCAGAUUCACCAGAUGCAGAUCACAGAGGAGAUAUGUAGACAGGUUUUGCGACUUGGAGGGGACUCCUAUAGUAUAGAUACACCAUCCCAGCAUAUCCUUCCGUCUUUGCCACAACUCUGUCUGGAAGGCAGUAAAAAUGCAUCUGAUUCCUUAACCCAACCAGCUGCACCUCAACCCAAUACUUCAUUGGCUCCUCUCUUAUCAUGUUUCUCCUCUAUGACCCCCUCUCAAGCAAACAAAACCACACAGUCAAGCACUUCCCUGUCUCAAGUUCUGCAACCUCAUAAAUCACAGAUUGAAGAAGCAGGGCGAACUAGCAAUUCUUGGGAGACCUCCCAAUGCUCUUCUUCACUAACAACUUCCUCUGCAGGUGUCUCUGUGCCUUCUCCCACCUAUGCUUUAGCUCUAUCCUUAGCUCUACCCAAUCGCUAUCUUCAUGAACAAUCUCCCAAUAUUACAUCCGUUGGGGGGCAGGGUGAUUUGUCUUUUUUAAACUCAUCCCUUACCACACCAUCAUCUAGUAACCCAAACUCUCAGCUCCAAUCUGCCUCUCUCGGCAGUGACUCAUCUACAUCUAGCUCCAACACUUCUGGCCGUCUCCAUCAUGUAUGCCGCUUUUGUGGAAAAGGAUUCAGUAGUGAUUCUGCCCUGCAGAUACAUCUCCGCUCGCACACAGGUGAACGACCCUAUCAGUGUCCCGUGUGCCUCAGUCGUUUCACAACACGAGGCAACCUGAAGGUGCACUUCCUUCGCCAUCGUGAACAAAAUCCAGAGCUUUCUCUUUCACUUCUGCCACCAUCUUUAUUUGGGUUAGCCUUAGGUGCAAAUGGGGGAUCAGAUAUUGGACAGAUCUCUGACAGCUCUGGAAGUGCUAGUGGGAUAAAUAUAACACAAAAGAAGCGAAAAAUUAGUAGGAUGGAUGAUGAAAUAUGUGGAGACAACUUGGCAAUCAGUGGUAACAAUAGUGGCCUUUCUAUUGGGCUUGCUGGUGAAUCUGCUCCGUCUACUUUGCCCCUACCGCCUAGUGUGGAUCUGGCUUUGAUUUCACAUUCUCUUCUGCAGCUAAACAGGACUGCUGCUGUUGCUAGUGUUGCCUCUAUCCCACCUUCUUCAUCCUCUACCUCUUCUUUGGCAUCCUCCCUUCUCUCAAAUCCUUCCCUUUCAUCAUCAUCUGCUAUUGCUGGAUUAUUCAAAGGUGUAAAACAGCAGCGCUUUGAUGAAAACACUCCACCUUAUGCACCUAUGCUUUCCCCUACUGCUUAUUCCCAACUAGCACACCUACCAAAGCUUCUUUUUUCACCUGUUUCUGUUUCUUCUUCUUCAUCUAUCCAGGCUGCUCACUCACCUAUGUACAGCCAUCCAUCACUGAGCUUGCUACGCACCCAGUUACCUUCUGUUGCAGGAUCCCAACCGCAUGCAUCCUCCAGCCAUUCGCAGCUUCCAUUUCCUAUUUCUUCCCUUCCUAAAAACUCCAGUUCACCAACUACCAGUGUUCAAUCCUUUUUGCCCACAUCCACAGCAAUUACCACUCCUACAUCUGAAACCUCUAAGCUGCAGAGACUGGUCGAGAAGCUGGAGAAGGCCCCUUCACUUUCCUGCACUCCAUGGUUUUCCUCCUCUACUCCAACAUCCAUGUUGGAGAUUUUGUCUGGCACUACCACUUCUUCUGCUGGGAGUGCAUCAAAUACCCGUUUCACAAAUGCCGGCAAUGCCACUACCAAUGUGGUUUCAUCUCCAUCAUCCAAUAUCACCACAUCGGUUUCCCAAUUCACCCGUGAAAUGCUUGUUGCUCUCAGAAUGAGUGGCAAUGAUGCAAAUGCCAUGACAGGUGGUAUACUACCAUCACUUAAUGCCACUGGUUCAGCACAUAACCUGACAACCAAUCAGUGUGGAGUGUGCCUACGGGUGUUGAGUUGUCCUAGAGCUCUGCGGCUGCACCAGGCCACACAUCUUGGAGAACGUCCAUUUCCAUGUAAGAUAUGUGGGCGGUCGUUCUCUACCAAAGGCAGCCUGCGAUCACAUCUUGCCACCCAUCAUGCCCGGCCACCCAAUGUCCAAAACUCUUGCCCAUUGUGUCAGCGCAAGUUUACCAAUGCUCUUGUCCUACAGCAUCACAUACGUAUGCACCUUGGUGGACAGUUGCCCCCAGAUAGCACAGAGGAUUCUGAACAGAAGAUUCCACCUGAAUCUAAUCCCAAAUCCUUGACACAGUCUCUUCCCCAGCCCUGUGAUCAAGAAUCCCCUUCAAGUAAAACACCUUCUGGAGCGAGUCCUGCAAAGACCCCAGAUACAAACUCACAGAUACAAACUAAAGCUGUUGGCACAAUCCCUGCCUCUUGCAGCAAGAAAUCAGCUGAGAAAAAUCUCACUAAGUCCCCACCCUUAGACCUAAAUCAAAUCCCCCUGGCUGACCUCAGCCCUGAUCCUUUCAUGAACUCUAACACACAAAGUCGUCCACCCAGCUCGGAAGAUCCCCCUGUCCUGUGUGUCAGUUCACCGCUUCAGGUCUCCCAAAUCACAGAUCCAGCUUUGCCUCCUGAUGAAGAAAACAAACUCCAGCAACAAGAAUCUUUCGAUAUUUUCACUCCUACAUCUAACACUUUGCCACUUGUCUCUAGUGAUAACAAAACUACUGACAAAACUACAACACCUCCUUUAUUGCUGGUGGAUCCCACAAAAAGUAAAGAAUCACCUAAGCUAGAUGCUUUAAAUGAUUCCAAACCAGACAUGGAUGACUUACAUAUUACAUCUGUUACUGAUGCUCCCUAUGAUUGCACCAGUUCCAGUACUUCCUCUAACGUUAUCACAGCUGAAGAUGUUUACGAUGCUGACAGAAAAGUUACUUUGGGAUCAAACGCAGACUCAACAGAGCCACAAUCAUCAGAACCGACUGAGGAAGACAAAGACCCUUCUGAUCCAAAUAUACCACCAAAACAAGACCAAGUAUCUGUUCCUGAAAAUGAACCCGUAAUGACACCCACUGUGGAGAAUGCAGACACAAUGUUUGCUGAAGUAAGGGGGGGAUUGCACAAACAGGCUAUGUCUGUCAGAGAGACAGGCCAAAGCUUUCACUUUAGUUCAUAUGAGAGGGAAGGCCAGGCGGAUCCCAGUCAAAUAGGUGGACUGGUUUCAAAUGAAGCUCUGGAUGCUCCGCUGCCCAUCAGCCUUGCUCCAACUCUCCCAUCUCCAAUGUCCCGUCCUGAGAAGAAAACCUACUGCUGUGCGGAAUGUGGAAAAGAGUAUGCCAGUCGCAGCGGAUUAAAGGGUCAUAUGAAGCACCAUGGGGGCGUUACCAAACCAUCACGUCCACCAGCCAGGGGAAGUCGUUCCUCCUCCGACCAGAUUCCUUCCUCUGCUUCUUCUGUGUCCUUAAACAUUCCAGCCACUAGGAGUUCAGGAGGCUUCUGGAACCAGUACCAAGCCUUCCUAAACACAACUAACCAGUCAGCUGAUGACCAGAAGACUGUAAGUCAAGGUGGAAAUAAAGCCGUGCAGAAGGAAGCAGGGGAAGAACCAGAAAAAGAUUCAUAACUUAACUUAGACUGGCUUAGAAAAUGUUGUGGUACAGAUUUUUUGUUUGUCUUUUAGCACAACUCUAUGGACAUUUACAAAGAAUUGCUUCUAUAACCCAUUUCAGGCGGCCUGUCAGUUUGAUAUUCAGAGUAAUGUGUUUAUAUGUGAUUCUUGUGAGACAAGCGUCAUGGCCGUCUUGUGUUAUAAAAGAGGCAAUAGUCCAAUUUUGUUGGGUUUAUCAACAUAUAAUUGGCUCAAAGGCUUGAAUUAUGUGACUCACAAGGCUAAUCUGAACAUACAAGAAAACGCUGCACUAUCAGCUUCCUACUGAGUCACAGAAACAUGCACAAGAAGAGUCUGACAUUUUUAUGUUGUUUUUGAAACAUUUGUGAUUGUUGUGUCACCUAUUAAAAUGUAAUCCAUAUGGCACAUCCUUUCAGCUUACUCAACUUUUUUAGGGGCAUCCAUAA